AUGACGUCUUGGAUUGAAGAUGCGGAGGCGUUUGGCCGUGGGCAGAGGGAGUACUGGCGUCAAGUCAGUGAAUCCGAGGGGUUCGAUUUAGAGGGUAUAAGUGCACCAGAAGGGACCGCUGGACUUAAGGUUGUCAACUGUCAAACUGGCUAUACGUUUCAGUAUAAGGUCGUCCUCUACGCUAAGUUAGGGCUUCAUAAUUACAAUAUGUUGAAAGGGACAAACUUUCAGUUGCAUGAAUUGAUCAAAUUCAAUAUGCUUAUGAACUGUUUGUCCUCCUAGUACAUCACGUUGACAGCUUCCGAUCCAACUACCGGUUCAGUACUAACUUUCCAGGAGAAAGUUGAAGAAAAUUUGUUGAACCGGUUGAAUGUGAUUAUCUCUCUUGUUAGACCUAAAGGAAGCUCCUCCAACAUCCCGCUUCGAGAUGACCGAGAGGCCGACAGACUGCUUCACGAGUUACACGGUAAUGAUGGAUUGUCUCUGUGGCCCUCAGAGGCUGCUUUCUACGAUACAAGGCGGUUUUACAUUGCUGAGGAAUCAGAGUUGCUAGGCAUUGAUUGGAUUCGCCUAUAUUUGGAACUUGUACUUUGUUCAAAGGAUAGGCUUCUCACAGCCAGCAAGCUGUCCAAGUUGAUGAUUGUGAAAGUGGCGGUAGAAACUAGUAAUGAAGAUGUGGAGCCGCUAAAUGCGAGACUCAACGCCAAGAGCGCAGUUUUCUACAUAACUUUCCGCUUGGCCAUUUGGGGAUUACAGAGAAUGUUGAACGCAGAGCCAUAG